UAUCCCCAGGUUAUUUAUAUCCUAUACACUUCUAUCCAACUCUGUGAGAUUUCUAUUGCAGCUGAAAACAGAAUGUAUAUCAGAUGUUUUCUCCCAUACCGAUACAGCUGCAAAAAAAAAAAAAGAAAAAUAGGAGGAAUUAUGUCAUAGCACUAAUUGUUGUGCUAAUAAUCAUCAUCGGCAUACUGUCAUCCAUUCUCAUUCUACAGAACGUGGAACAGGAACAUGGGGAACAAGUAGGUCGAACAACUCAAACACAGUUGGUUUGCCCUAACAAGCCUUUCCGUACUAUUGACAUCAAACCACGAGUCACUAGUGGAACUUAUCAUCAGAGAUACCUGAUUUGUUUCCCUUAUAAUUAUGACGAUGAUGCAAACACAGGCAAGUCGGUGUACAUUGUGGCGGAGAGAGAUUUUGAGCUUAAUAUUUUUAACAAAGCCUUAGACUCAACUUCCACUUACAUUGAAGUUAAAACGCAGAUGGCAAAUGUCAAAAAGAUAAAUGUUCAAUAUACGAUGAUGUUGUCGUAUUUCAAGAUAGAAGAAAAAGCUAUACUUAUUGAGACCACAAUCGACGCUUCUGUAAUUAUUAUUGAUAAUGACAAAUUAUCUUCGGACAGCACCAUGGUUUUGCCAAUGAAACAUUUAUCCGAUGCCUAUAUAAUAUCAACUGUUAGUAGUUUCAAUCCAAAAUUGGACCGUGUUCAGUUUGCAAUAGCCGCCUUAAAUAACUCAACAGAAGUUAGAAUUAUGUUCCGAAUUGAACCAAAUUUACCACUUACUGUUGAUGGGAUUGAGUAUGAAAAUGGUAGUGAAAUGGUUAUUUAUUUGAAUGAACUUCAGACUUAUCAGAUCAGGCAUAAUGCUGAUUUAUCUGGAACAUUCAUAAAAGCGUCGUCUCGUGUUGCUGUGUUUUCAGGGAACGCAUGUGCAAAAAUAGCUUUUAAAAACAGAAAGGACUCUGGAGCCUGUAGUAAUCUUGUUGAACAAAUCCCACCAGUUGAAAGAUUGGAUAAUACGUAUAUUGUCCCGUCAAACACAAACAGGUAUGGAACAAUUCUGAAAGUUGUGUCGCCUUUUAAAAGCAGGGUGACAUAUCAUGUUGGCAAUAAGAAAACUACAGCGUCUCUAGUUCCACAAGGAUACUUUGAAUUCUCAAUCACUGAAAACCAAGUUGCAGUUAUUGAAUCAGAACGACCCGUUCUUUUAACCAGUUUUGCCGCUGGAUCAGACACGUCAGGCGAUCCUUAUAUGAUAACCAUACCCGGGGUAACGCAGUACCUUAACAAAUAUACAGUUGUUACUCCUAGCAAUUUUACAAGUAAUUAUGUUGCUUUAAUAAUUGACGAAAGUUCGUUACCGCACCUUACCCUAAACAAAAGAGGCUUAAAUGAGUAUAUGAGAACAUUUAAUACCCCUGUGACAGUGAGGAAAGUUCGGUACAUUGUUUUGGUGGUACAUGUAUCGGAUGGCGCUAUUAACGUCAAGACGACUAACAACGCAGUCUUUGGCUUGCUGGUAUAUGGUCAUAGAAAGAACGACGGUCAUGGAUUUGCAGGAAAUGUCGUGCUACCGGACGUAUGUGUCCCAUGAUCACCACAGAUAAUGGAUAUAUGUCGAUUUCUUCAACAUGUUGAUUAAACCAUGAAAAUAUCAUAUAUAAAUACAUUGUAUAAGAAAAAACAUAUAUCCAUUCUGUAUCGCCUUUGUCGUACCAUGUACUGUGCCCAAAAUAUGUCAAUACAUACUUUAUUUGAUUUCCUUUUACCUGAAUGAAAUUAGUAUUACUGUAUAUUAUACACUGUUGUUGAUAUCAAAGGCAACGUUAGGGUACGAUAUGACGUGUAAAGAGGAGAAAGGAACAACUAUGUGUAUCAUGUUUGAUAUAUCACACAGAAUCCCAGGUGCUAAAUAUAUAGUUAUGAAUAUAGUUUACUUCCACGUGGAGAAUUUGAAACUAUCAAUAACAUCAGUAAGAAACAUUAAAGGAAGUGAACAUGUUAAAAAUAUAUGUUCCGUAAUAAACUUAGAAGACCUCCUGCAACUAAAUAGUUUGGCCUGAAUUUAAUUUGCUUGUUUCUAUUACGAGAUUUGAUCAAUUAAACACUCUAAGUUGAAGGUUUAUGGAGGUCAUCCAUUAUUUCCCAGUAUGCAUCUGUGCUCUGACGUAGAUGAGACACAUUGCUGUUGUUGACUGGGUCACUAUUAUACAGCAGAAAUUUAUUGGAUUCAUAUUAGAAUUGAUGGAUAAGGUUUUGGAGCAAAAAGAAUUGAAAUCAAAUCUAAUUACAAUGCAUUAAGAUAAAAAAGAAAACACUCCCACAAAAUAUAUCCAGUUCCUCCAACUUCUGAACUUACUCAGAAGCACUAUAGUACUGUUAUAUUUCAAGAUUCCAAAUUAAUUAAUUUGAUUAGAUUUUAAAGUAUUUGGAGAUAAUUAAGGUGACUGUGUCAUAAAAGUACUGCAAUAUAGGCAUACAAUUGAUAUAUUUUACAAUAAUUGAUGUAUAUGGACCAGAGAUGAAUUUCGGAGAUGCAAUUUACAGU